AUGUCAAAAAGCCCAGAACUUCGAUCGCAAAUCGACGUGGCGCAUGAAAAAAGCCUCGAGCCGGGCAACGGCGGGCACGACGACAAUCUCGAACUCCAUCUUCACGACGUUGGGGCCAAGUAUGCCACGACUGCAGACGAGACGGAAUUCACCACGGCCGCACAACGACGAUAUCUUCGCCGCAUCGACAUGCUCCUCAUGCCCAUUCUCUUCAUAUCCUGGGGCUUACAAUAUGCGGACAAGAGCAUCCUUAACAGCGCCGCUCAGUUUGGCAUCGUUGAGGAUCUGGACCUGGCGACAGUAGUCAUGGUCGAUGGCAAGCCUACCGCCAGCUUGAAGAAGUUCUCGUACGCGGUGAUGCUGUUUUAUUGGGGCUACUUUACGGGAGUACUGCCUGCUACCUAUCUGGCGCAACGAAUCCCAAUCGGCAAGUUCGUGGGAGUGUCAAUCGUGGUUUGGGGCCUUGUGACCAUGUCAACCGCUCUUGUAUCGUCCUACUCGGGGCUCAUGGUCAACAGAUUCUUUCUGGGUGUGAGUGAAUGUACGCCAGCACCAGCCUUCUCCCUUAUCACGGCCAUGUGGUAUACUCGCGAGGAACAACCUCUCCGUAUUGCCAUCUGGUACUCGGCUUCUGGCAUGGGUAGCCUUCUGGCUGGCAUCGCGUUUUAUGGCAUCGGUCAUAUCCAUGGAUCUCUUCACCCUUGGAAGUAUCAGUACCUCAUUCUCGGAGGGGUCACGGUCCUCUGGGGCAUAGUAGUGGUGUGCUUCCUCCCAGACAACCCAAUGAAGGCGCGAUUCCUCACCGAAGACGAGCGUGUGCUCGCCGUCAAACGCAUACGCGCCAGCCAAACCGGGAUCGAGAAUUCGGUGUUCAAGCACUAUCAGUUCAAGGAAGCUUUGCUCGAUCCCAAAACCUGGCUUUUGGUCCUUACGGCUUUCACCAUCACCUUGGUCAACGGCGCCCUUUCCGGCUUUGGGUCGAUCCUUAUCCGCAGCUUCGGCUUUUCGGCAUUCCCUUCGGUCUUGCUCAGCGGAAGCGCUGGAGCCGUGGUGGUCGUAUCUUUGUUGACCUUUGGAACCAUCGCACUCUACUGCCGCAACCAGCGCAUCAACAUCUUCAUCGUCACCUCCCUGCUGGUGAUUGCCGGCUGUGUCAUGAUCUGGAAAUCUAGCUGGAAGAAUCUCGGCGUGCCCCUUGGGGGGUUCUACCUGCUGAGCUUCUUCGCCGUCGCCUACGUGAUGCUCCUGUCGCUCAUGACGGCCAAUACCGCUGGCCACACCAAGAAAGCCACCACGUCGGGCCUCGUCUGGGCCAGCACGGUCGUCUCCAACGCCGUGGGUCCCUUGCUGGUGAAAACGACCGAAGCCUCAGAACAUUACCCGAGUCUGGUGGAGCCGAUCCUGGCGGUGCUCGCGCUCUCGGUGGGCAUGAUGGGCGCGCUGCGGGCGUAUGUGUACAUGCAGAACAAGGCUCGAGACGCGAAAGGGACGGUGACAGAAAGUGACUUGUCCGAGACAGCGUUUGCAGAUAUGACAGACCGUGAGAACCCGAAUUUCAGAUACUCUUGGUAG